AUGGAACUCAAGAGGCCGCCUGCCAGUGAAAUGCGGCCCAGCCGCAAUGACCACGACUCAGCCAACAGCUAUUUGCCGCUCCCUCUUCAGAGCUAUAAAUACAGCCAAUUAGCGUCCCUUUGCCUGCCGUCCAAAAAAUAUUUUACGCACGUCAUGGCCGACAGUAGCACAAAGUCAUCAGACCGUCCACAGUAUUGCCGCGAUUCGACGUGGUACCCUCUGCGUACAGGGUGGCAGCCGAGCUACAUGUCCAAUCAGAACUUUGCUCUGCCGCCUCUCCUGACACCCUUUGACCUGAGCUGGAUGGAGAGCGUCUUCCGCAAGCUGGCCGCGCCCUCCUGGCCCGUGUACACGUGGUGCGCUCAGCCCUGUACCCCGACGCAUCCCAAGCUUCAGCGGGAUCUCUGGGGCAGGGCAGCGGAGGUGAGGGGAGAACCAUACAGGUGGAGAAUCAGCCUGGACGUCAACCAUUUCUGCCCCACGGAACUCUCAGUCAGAAUUACAGAAGAUGGAUUUCUGGAGAUCAGUGGUAAACAUGAGGAGAGACAGGAUGAACAUGGCCUCAUCUCUAGAAGCUUUACCAGGAAAUACAAGCUUCCCAUUGGAAUAGAUUCUCAGACUAUUCGCUCUUCUCUGUCUGGUGAUGGGAUUCUGAUGGUGGAGGCUCCACUGCCUAAAACACCCCAGCCACAGAUGUUCAUCCCUGUCCAGGUUGAAAAGGAGCCUCGCUCACCAGGAGCAGUAGAGAGGAAAGAAGACCCAAGGACGGAGAUGGUUAUUGACAGUGAGAGGCAGAGGGAGGAGGAGGAGGGUCAGGGUCCUCGGUUCUCCGACAGGCAGCGUUCUCCGACGUCACCCACGAGGACCGCGUGGGAGCCCAAGGAGGCGGAUUAUCGCGACGGACGGCACGCGGCUCAUGCCUUAGCUGAUUUCAGCUCUGGCCCAUUCGCUUCUCAGGCGAGUCGUUCAGACACACGCCAGGCCAGGGAGGAUGUCGGAGACGCACGCACGCAAGAAGAGGGAGGGGCCAGGGAGGAGGCCCAGGAUCAGUUCACAGAAUCAGAUGGCGAGGCAACAGCGGAGAGCAUCGAGGAAGGAGGCCUUCACAGAGAGGGCUCGGAAGAGGAAGUGACAUCAGGAGAGCAGGCCCCCGAAUCCGACCAGUUCCAGGAACUGGUCAUCCCUGAACAGGAAGUUCUGGAGGGUCACAUGUCCCGAGAACAAGAAGCCCAGUAGACGCACACACUGGGAACCGAUGACCGACAUACUUGUUGAUGACACCCCUGACUGCAGACAACCAACA